AUGAGCAGAGCUCCCAAAGUUGCCAAGAUAGACAUGGCUACCUCUCUGAAAGAGUGUCCCGAGUUCAGUGCGUUGCAAUCACACUAUGAAGCUGUCUCCAAUCUCCAUAUGCGAAGCCUUUUUGAGAAGGAUCCUGGGAGAUUUGAUAAAUUCAGGUAACAUUCCUUCAAUAUCGAGCUGUUGUUUGUUACAUUUUGUUUAGAUUGGCCUUGAUAUACGUUAAUCGUAGCCGUGCAGAGGUCUGCGUUCCUGGAAUGUUUUUUGUUACUCGCGUGAUUCAAAGUUCGAAUCAGCUGUUUGUAACGUUUUUAUUAUUUUGACAAAACAAAAUAUCUUUUAAAAUAUGCGUGACUCCACUAAGAGAUCACUGAGUUUGCAUAUAUAAUAGAUCGACAUUUUAGCUUUCAUUUGCUUCUAAUUAAGUACAAAUUCUUGACCAAAGAUUCUGAAACAAUGGCUGUCAUCGCUGAUUUGACAUAAUGAUGUCGAUAGGACAAUUUAGAAUAAAGAUAUUAAAACUAGUUUAACUUGCGUGCUGCUUCAUUCCUCUGUGUCCUAGGGUAUAAUGUAUGCAGAUGUAUAAAUUAAUGGAGCAAAAGAAAUUCAGCUGAGGAAGACAGUCGUUUCUUCCUCAGUUGCUUAAAGAAGCAUUUGAUGAGCCAGUGUGCAUAUGAAGGGGCAAAGCGGAAGCCCCACCCAUGCCCCCUGCCCCCUGCCCCCUCUCACAGGAGAGAGACUGAUAGAGCUUGAAUCUGUGAUGUUUGCAUUCAAAACCAAACCUGUUCUCUGAAGUUUGUUCAAUUUUGUCACUUUUCCUUUGGGCUAUUUCAGCGUGCAACUUGACACUCAAGAUGGUACCCUGUUGGUUGACUAUUCCAAAAAUAUUAUCACAGAGGAGACCAUGAAACUUCUUAUGAAUCUGGUAUGUCAAUGGAAUGGCUAUAAAGAUAUCAGGUUUUCAUUCUUUUCUGGGAAAGAAUGGGCUUUGAAGAAAACAUAAGUAGUUUUUUUAAAUUGAAAAAGUUACAAGGGUGUAAUUUUUCUUGCCACAGGCAAAAGCUAGAGGAAUAGAAAGUGCACGUGAGAAGAUGUUUUCCGGAGAAAAAAUUAAUUUUACUGAGGUAUGUUUUAAAUGGUAUUUGACUUUAUAAAAGAGAUAUAUUUCAAGGUGGCACAAACUUAAGAUAAUUGAACAAUCUUUCCCUGAGUAUUCUUUUGUAUCCAUUUGUACCUUGGGCCACGGAUGUUGGAAGGGGAGAUAUGGUUAUCCUCAUGAUAAAUCUCUAUCCAAUAAAUAAAGGGAUACAUUUUGUUAACAGUUAUCUACUGGGUAGUGAUUUAUCUGUUGCAUAGCGUCAUGCACUGUUUGAACUGGGUCCUGGGUGGAAAAGUCUCUCAUAUUAAACUGGCCACAGUUUGGUCCUAAUCCUCUUACUUCAGAACCCAGUUAGCUAAGUUGUAAGCCACUGCUCCUCCUAUGUGUGUCACUAAACUGAGCAUUGACUAAAGUUUAUGUGUUUUUUUUUCAGAACCGAGCAGUUCUCCAUAUAGCUCUUAGAAACCGUUCCAAUAAACCAAUUACUGUGGAUGGAAAGAAUGUAAGUUUGCUUGUAGCAGACAAACAGUGUAAAAUCUACAAUACUACAGCUAAUUUCUUCAAAUUGAGAGACUGGUUAUGAAUUAAACAGGUGUAACUUGGAGAAGUUUUGAAUUAUACACAUUAUAUUUAAUUUUGCAACUGUUAUAGUGUUUUUUUAUGCAAGUGUCCAAAUAUAUAAAGGAUGUAUGUAGCUCAAUUAAGGGGGGUAGUAGGAAUUUAAUCUGGUCAUGCAAGCUCUUCCUUGACUCCAUAAAUUUCAUUUAACUCUUAUUAUUAUUUUUUUUAAAUAGGUAAUGGAUGAUGUGAAUGCAGUUCUUAACCAGAUGAGGAGCUUCACUGAGGUAGGCUUGAGUUAACAACAGUCUGAUGCUAAAUUAGACUUCUAUACUUAAAGUUCAUGAUUUGUUGUUAAUUAAAAUUCAUUUUUAUGUUUGAUUUAUAGUUUUAAUUUAUUGUAAAUAUGCACUUUUAUCAUAAAGAACUUCUGUUAUUAAUCAAAAUCACUAAUUAGUAACUAUUUUUUUGCACAAUCUGUUAUAACUUCUUAAAGUAGAAUUUUGGUUUUGCAGGCUGUAAGGAAUGGCACUUGGAAAGGUAAAUGAAAACAUUUUUUCAGUCAAUCAUUAUAAUAAAAUAUUUAAAGAUAUUAACCAAUAAAUUAGUAUUUUUGUAAUGACAGAAUGAAAGUUAUUUUGAUGAGGAUCUACAAGACAGUAAAUUUUGAUCUCUAAAGAAAAGGGACUGAUACAAAUAAAACUGAUUUGAAAUAUAAAAGAUGGAAAAAAACUGUAAAUUUACUUACAUGCAUUUGAGAUGCUGUGAUUAAUUUCACCUUUUAACCUAAAGAGUGACUAGCAUCUAAUUUCUCCCUACAAUUUCACCCCUGAAUCAAACAUUAAGGUCAUGAGAAUAAGGAAAAUGAUCACCAAAUUGAAGAAGCUCUUGAUUGUUAAACAAAUUCUCCAUGUGACAGCACCUUAAAAAAUUUGUAGAUAAAAGUAUGGACUGAGAUAAAGCAUACUGAUGUUGGGGAUUAAAGGAUUAAUACUUUUUUGUUUCUUCUUUUCUCUAGUGAGAUUUCUUGAUUAUUUAUUAAGCAUAUCCAAGUACAGCUCUUCUCCUUUAAGAUUUGAGAUAUUUAAUAUGUUUUAUGAUAGACAGUUUCAAUUUAGUGUUGCCUCUAUUUUCUUAAUAUUUAUUUUUAAGAAAGUCUUCAUUUCCUUUCUUUUAAGGUCAUACUGGAAAAACGAUAACAGAUGUUGUGAAUAUUGGAAUUGGAGGAUCAGACCUGGUAAACAUGCAAUUUUUGUUCAUAAAAGGCAAUGCUAUACAAAAUAUAUAGUAUUCACAAUUGUGAUAUAGAAAAGUUUUCACAAAAAUAGAGUAAAGGUGUUCUGCAAAAAAUAAUUAUAGCAGUUUACUGUGUUUCAAGUAUUAAAAAGUAAUAUUUGCUGUAAGCUAGACAAAAACAAACAGUCAAAUAGUUUACUGUGUAGUUGAUAAUUAAAUCAACAAUAAACAUGUAAGUAUUAUUAAAUAAAUAAAACUUAAAAAAUACAGGUAUAGACAAAUAGGUAUCUUUUAUCAAUUAAUAAAAAAAGGUGUAGCAGGUUUUCUCUAACUAGUUUUACAUGGGAAAGGAGCCAGAUUAAUUAAAAUAUGGAAUAAUUUUUCAGGAAUGUGUUAAAAGGGGUUCACCUUUGGUUGAUAAUAUAAAUUUUUGAUAAAUAACGUAUUAAGUUAAGUUUCAAUGUUGUUCAUUUACGAUUACAUAGGGUUGAUUAUAUUGAAGUUAUUGAUAUGUACCUUUUUGUUAUUAGAGUUGCAAAUUUUUAUAGCGUUGAGCUCUAUGUGGAUGGAACAUACAGAUACCUAUUCUCUAUAGAUACUAGGUUAUUUUAAUUUAUCUGUAGGGACCACUGAUGGUGACUGAAGCCUUGAAACCUUAUGGCAAAAAAGGGCUCAGUGUCCAUUUUGUCUCCAAUAUUGAUGGAACCCACCUGGCCAAGACUGUAGCAACUCUCAAUCCAGAAACUACAUUGUUCAUUGUAGCAUCAAAGGUAUAUGCAACUGAAACUCAAUAUUCUAGUUGUCCAAAUUUUAUGACCUUUUAUAUUUAGUCAUAAUUUAUUAUUAGUUGGAAAAUGAAAAGCUAAAUUUUCUUUGUCACGCACAAGGUAGUCUUUUAAGAUCUGUGUCAAACCAUCAAGCUUAUCUAGGGUUUUGUCCAUUUCCUGUACCUUCAUUUGAUAGGUCUUAAUUAAGCUUUGACUGUCUCUCCUUCACUACCAACAAAAUUUCAUUAACAGAAUGGUAAGGUUUGUCUCAGACAAACUUUGAAAUAGCACUCUAAUUUAUUAUAAUUACUUUGUUUUACUGGGAGUUGAACAAGGGGUUGAGAUACUGAGAAGUUGGUUGAUAACUCUUAACAUCUUCCAAAGAAAUUGAUUUCCAGUUGUAGCCUCAGUCUAUUUGAUUAACCCUUUGGCUGGUAAGAGUGACUAACAUUAAAUUUCUCCUUACAUUAUCCAGUAACAGAGGGAACUAUUGCCAAUUAAAGAAGCUCUUGACUGUUAAACAAAUUCUCCUUGUCAGUACCUCAGGAAAAGUAUAGAGAACAGUGUGGAGAAUUUCAAUACUGAUGUCAGGGUGUAAAGGGUUAAUAACUCCUGCAGCCACCUUAUUGUGGAUAUCAUAGAGUUUCUUUUCGAGUUAUUCACAUGCAGCUACUGUAAGUCAGAAGUUAAGAAUGGUAAUUUUUUUUUCUACAGACAUUCACCACCAUAGAGACCAUUACAAAUGCAAAAUCAGCAAGGGACUGGCUGUUGAAAGAGUUGAAGGAUGUAUGUUUGCCUUGCCCUUUUAUAAAAUUAUUUAGAUUUCUAUUUAUAUCCACCUAUGAUUUAUACUUGAGAGCAGCACAGAUGUUGUUUAGCCUCUAUACUGGCAUCUGGAAGUCAACAUUUGGUUCUAUGUAAUUUUUGUCUAUGACAUCAAAGUGUAAUCAAAAAGCAGGUUUUUCUUAUUAACAUUUUUAAGAACAGCCUAUACUUAUUGUUUGAUCAGGUCAUGUGGGUGUUAAUGACUUUGUACUUUCUAUCUGUUGAUAGACUUCAGCGGUAGCAAAGCAUUUCAUUGCUCUUUCUACAAAUGAGGUAUGGACAUAAAUUUUGGUGCCUAUUUAGUUAAUUCUCAUUACAUUUUGAGAUUUAGCAUAGGCAGCAAAAGACAUAUUUUCAUAUUCAAGUAAUUAUUAACCUCAUGGGGUAUUUACCUUUAAUCGUAGCAGGCAGAGUAAACUUACUGUUCAAUUCUUAACUUGUAUCAAUUAUUUGGUAAAAUUGUUGGAAAAAGACUAAUUCGUUAACAUGAACUAGUUGCCCAGCAAUUCUUCUCUAAUUAAUUGUAAAGAUAAUGAUAAUGCCCUUAGUCUUGCAUGCAAUUUCUACACCUCAGUAUCUAUAAAAAUAUAAUCUUUUGAGUACAUUCCCCUCUAAUAGUGGUUUUAAUUUUAGUGAGAAAAGGAGAGUAAUGAUCCUUACCUCCUUGAGUGGGAUUCUCAUUCAGAGCAAUCCAGUGUAGAUUAUCCAACUCCCUCCCCUUGGAAAUUGAAUGUUAAGUCUAAGAAUGUAAGCUGUUUCCUCAUCCCAGUCUCUCUAACAUGAUUACCCUGAUGGGGAACUGGGUUGAGGAGAUAGGUCACAUUUUUGAGUUGCUGAAGAUGGGCCUAACAUCAUAGCAAAAGCACAUUUCUAACCAUUCCCUUCCCAAGAUCCAAAUAUCAAUUAUCUGUGCAAUGUUUGGGAUAGAUUUCUUAUUAUUUAGCCCUGAAAAUUUUAUUUUUUUCAUAACCUCUCCUUUCAAUAAUGUAAGGAAAAAUUCCUUGUUGGUCACUCCUGGGAUUGAAUGAGCUCGGAAAGUGAUGCAGCAAUAACUCUCCCUAGAAUUUUGCCUGUCUUGUUCAAACUUGAGAUUAGGGCCUAGAUUAUUAGCCCUUUUUUUUCCACAGGUGGAAGUCACUAAAUUUGGAAUAGACAAGAAAAACAUGUUUGCAUUUUGGGAUGUAAGUACAACUUUUAUAUGUAUGUAUUUAACCCUUGAACUCCCAAGAUAUGAUUGUUAAUUCUCCCUGCUAACCACUACACAUUUUCUUGUAAAUUGAUUAUGAGAAUUUGAUGUUUAAUCUAGGUUAUAUCUUGAACCUGAUAGGUUUGAGUAUUCUCAUUUCCUGUUUGCUAGAUAAUGCAUGGAUACUGUAGGGUUACAUGUUAAUCACUUGUGGGAGUUAAAGAGUUAAAGAACUUUGAUUAUCUUCCUUGGAAAGAGGUUGGGUGGUUGAAGGUUUUAGAAAACAGGAGACAUGACUAUUUCCUAAUAAUUAUUAAGUGAUCUAUAUUUCACUUUCAUUUGUUUCCUUUUCAGUGGGUUGGAGGACGAUAUUCUCUUUGGUCUGCCAUUGGAAUGUCAAUUGCUGUUUACAUUGGUAUAAAUCUGACUUCAGUGAAUCAUAAUUAUUUUUGAUCCAUAAGUGAAUUGAUCAAUCCAUCAGUCAAUUGAUCCAUCAUUAUUAAUUCAGGUGGUCAAUCAGUCUGUUGGUUAGUGACAGUUAGUCAGUCAGUCAUAUUAGGUGGUCAAUCAAUUUGCCAGUUAGCUGCUCAAUCAAGCAUUUAAUCAGUUAAUAUCAAGCAAUCCACUAUAUCAACCAAGAAAUGAUCAAAUAAACAAUAACUUAAUUAUUUGUUCAGUUAGUUGGUUGUUCAGUUAGUUGGUUGGUCAGUGGGCUGGUCAUGAUCUGUCAGUCAGUCAAUCAAUUAUAUGUCAUUAGUCAGUCAGUUUAGUUUCAUACUUUCUCUGCAAUAAAUUCUUGCUUUAUUUAUAUUACUGUAUACCUAUUCAAGCCUUAUUAUUUUAAACAACAAAAGUGGAUGCCUUUCAGCAUGAGUAGUGAUAGCUUUUUUAUUUGUUUUUGGUAGGAAUGGAUAACUUUGAAGCCCUCCUUGCUGGGGCUCAUGCUAUGGUUAGUACAAUUAGGUGGUCAGAAUGAACUCUUUUGUUCCUAAGAUCUGAUUUUGAGUUCUCCCCUCCAGUAGCUACACAUUUGCUUGUAAAUUUGUUAGUAGAAUGUGGUAUUAAAUCAAAAUAACAGCCUCUACCUGAUGAGUUUAAGCAUUAUCAUUACCUGUUUGUUGGAUAAUAUAUGGAUGUUGUAAGGAGAAAUUACAUGUUAAUCACUCCUGGGAGUUAAAGGCUUAAGCAAGGAGCUAAAGAACUAAUCAAACAUAAAAGACAAGAGUGAGAGAAGAAAUUUAAAAAAUAGCCUGCAGAGCAGGUGUGAUUUCGGUGAGCGAGUGCUCAAUAUUUUCUAGGUGAAAAUUAUACCUACCAUCCUUAAUUUUUACUGCAGAAGCAGAAGGCUGGGGAGAAAAUUAAAGAAAUUUGUACUAAGGGGGUGAGAAAUUAGUUAAAGGGAGGAGAGGGAAGGGGUGGGUCAAUAGAAAUCAAAACAAAAAUAAACUUUUUACACCACUAUUACUGACCACUAUUACUAUUACUGAAAAAAUGCCUAAUAAUAUUUAAUCUAUUACACUACAAUGUUUUUUUGUAGGAUAAUCACUUUUGUUCCACUCCUUUGGAGAAAAAUGUAAGUAUCCAAUUUAAAGCACAGAAUUAUUUUUGGAGUUUCAAAUUUACAUUUAUCUGGUGCAGUGAUUGUGGCUCAAGGGGGGAUGGCAUUUAUGAUACUGGAGGGGAUGGAAGAAUAUGUGAACUUAUCAGGUAGUAUUACAUAUUAUUGAAAAAUUCUCAUGAUAUUAUUGUUCAUGUCAUGCCCUCAUCUGAGCUAUUACAUUUUGGAUUUUUUAUCGUUUUGGAAACAGAUUCCAGUAAUCCUGGGAAUGUUAGGAGUUUGGUACAACAACUUCUUUGGUGCUCAGACACAUGGCCUUUUUCCAUAUGAUCAGGUGAGCACCUACUACCACUAAACUUCCCGUUUUCGUUUAAACUUCUUUACCUGUAUACCCUUAAAUAGUCUUAAAUAACAGAUUCACGUUAAUUAUCCUCAACGCUGCUUUGUUUGGGUUUUCAGUACAUGCACCGUUUUGCAGCCUAUUUUCAGCAGGUAAGAAUGGAUGAUAAACCAGUGUGUUUUCUCUUUAAGUAUCUGGAGCAAUCCGAAAUUGUUUUACUCUAGUUUCGCUUAACUUAGUAAUUUGUUUAAAAAACGCGCACCACCCUUUCAAUUGGAAAAAUGCCAGACAAAGUCAGUUGUGACCUGUUCUUCACUUAUGUUUUCCCUCGCCUAUGACCAUCCUUGUGUCUUUAUUUUGAGUUAUUCUCAUAGGCUUCAUACAAAUAUAUACCUUUGAUCUGAUUGUCUGGUAAGUUAGCUUUAAAUUUGGUUUAAGGAUACUUAGGAAAAAAUAACCCAAGCUUUCUUUUUUUGAGCCGGUUUCUUUCCAAACAUUCUGAAGUAGACAGGCAUCCAUUGAGACUUUUUUUUAUCAGGGUGACAUGGAAUCCAAUGGAAAGUAUGUCACACGUAGUGGUGCGCAUGUCAACUACUCCACCGGACCCAUUGUAUGGGGAGAGCCUGGGACUAACGGGCAACACGCAUUCUAUCAGCUUAUCCAUCAAGGUAAAUUACACCAUGUUACGUAUUUUGAUAAUGUUAUUCAAGAGACGUAGUGAUGUAUUUUAUGCCUACCACGGUACGGUAAGGUUGGCGAGGUCAGGUCUGGGUUGUGUUCAUGAAUGUGGGUGAGACACUUUACUUCCAUGCUGCCACCCACGAAUUUGUUGUUGUUUUUUGUUUGUUUGUUUUAUUUUUUUUGAGUUCGUAGAAUAAUAUUUUGUGGUUUCUCACACGUCAAAUAUACUUAUGAUACGCGUGAUUUUUUCGCUCUCAAAUUUCGUUCGCUUUCCUCUGUAGGAACAAAGAUUAUUCCAGCAGAUUUCCUGGCUCCUGUUGAGACUCAGAAUCCUAUAAGUGGUGGAUUGCAUCACAAGGUACGAUUGUUUAUAUGGCGGUUAUCUUAAGUAAAAGACGCGUAAUAUCUUCGCUGUCUUGUAAACCGUUGUCUGUUCUGUUACAGAUUCUUUUGGCCAAUUUUCUGGCUCAACCAGAAGCUCUAAUGAAAGGGAAGACAAGCGACGAGGCUCGUGCUGAGCUGGAGAAGAGUGGAAAGUCUGGAGAUACAUUGGAGAAGAUUUUACCCCAUAAGGUACAUCACAUAGUAUUAUGCCUCUCAAACACACGUUGUGUGACGAAAAGGGUCGGGUCUGUUUGUUUGUUUGGAGGCUUGGCAUAUUAACUCCGCCCACGCUCCUUUAAAUCGUGACGAUGGCGGUUUUUCCGACGCCCCAUCUCGUCAGGAAAAGCAAAAUUAGUGAUCAUAUAAAUGACCUGAGUUGCAGCGUUUAACCCUGAUGAAGGCACAACAGGAGUCGAAACGUUGGGUCUAUGAAUCGUAACUUCUUCAGUUACAUUCAUUAAAUCUGCAAACCAGAGUAGCGUCAAACUAUGUCUGUGUCCCUUUAUCUAUCUCUACAUCAGCCAGUUUUCCGCUUUCCCCUGGGAUUGCAAGAAUUUCCAAAUUGAGUGAGACUGAAAUGUGCAGCCAACCGCGGUCUUCUAGCCUUAAACUUUUACACCAUCAUAUCAGCGUGCAUAUUCUCCAUACUAUUCUCUAUACAUUUCCCAAGGUGCUGACAAGGAGAAUUUGUUUAACAAUCAAGAGCUGAUUCAGUUAAUGAUCGUUUCCUUUAUUCUCAUGACCUUAAUGUGUGAUUCAGUUGUGAUAUUGGAAGCUAGUCACUUUUAGGGGUCAGAGAGUUUAAAAAAGAACUACUAGGACGCCUUCAUGAUUAGGGGAUUAGAUAGAACUCUCUCCUUCUUGGGAGGUUUCUAAAAGGAUGUAUUGCAUCGCAGUGACAUCCUUUUUUUUUUACUCUAUCCAGCGUAAUUCUUAAUUGCCGAAUGUUUUGAUUGAACAAUUUUAACAGAUCUCGAUUCUCAAUGAUUGUUUCCACCCGAAAUAAACUAUUCACGUCUCUGUUUGCAUUACAGGUGUUUAUGGGUAACAAACCCACUAAUUCCAUUCUGUUCCAAAAACUGACUCCGUUCAUUCUUGGUGCCUUGCUUGGUGAGUUAUAUGUUCCAGUAGUGAUUUGCUCGUAUAGUUUAAGUUAUCUUUUCCAUGAGAUGCAUGGUUUAAAUAUCACGUGAUUGUGAGAGCUAUUUUCUAUACUUUCAAAGUGACAGAGUGCGAGUAAGACACGCGGCAGUGAUCAGACACACGAAACUUGUGGCUCUCAUGUGCCAGCCUAAAUUACUUACUUUAAGUCCUGCGAAAAUUUGUUAAGUGAGUUAAUGAAAGACAGUAACAUGCUUUUAAAAUGAAGUAAGCGAAUACUGACUCGAUUCCUUACUUCUCUUUUUCUACAGCCAUGUAUGAACACAAGAUAUUUUGUCAGGGAGUAGUCUGGGAUAUAAACUCCUUUGACCAGUGGGGGUAGGUAGCUUACUUGUCUUUGUACUGGGCGAGCAAGCGAAUUAAUACAAACGCGACAAUAAUACGCGAGGAAAUAAGCAGAAAUUGGUGUCUGUAGUUUAUGCUUCAUCGGUAUCCAGAAAAACUCCCGUGUAAGGAAUAGCAAUUGGGAAAGUUCUCCUCAGUGUGACAUUUUGUUUAGUGAACGGUAAGGAGAAUAAAUAAUUGAAUUUUUUUUUCUUACAGAGUUGAAUUAGGCAAACAGCUUGCUAAAGCAAUUCAGCCGGAGUUAGAGGGCCCUGAACCAGUGACGUCACACGAUUCUUCGACCAAUGGUCUUAUUAACUACAUAAAAAAACACUCCACCAAGUAAUGCUGGCUUGGAAGGAAUGUCAGCCAGGGCUCAAUUGUUUGUAUUUAAGUUGCAGUUAGCGAUGGGGAAUGUCGUGCAUGAAAUUUUUAUGAACCUGCAAAGUAAAUAACGUGAAUCUUAAAAUAACUGCUCAAAGCACUGCAGUAGCUAUCUCAAUGGUGUAGUGGCUAGACCACGCGUCUCACUUCGUCCACUUUGUUUGCAUGUUCAAUUCAGUUUUGGCGCGAGUUUUGAGUGGUGCCUCGAGGCUUCUGGUAGAUCACAAGGGACAAGACACAGGAACUUCUCAGCAAGUUUCAACAUAUUCAUUGAUAGAUUACGAGUGGACACCAUAGUUGACGUGCAAACUAGGCAAGUUAUAUAAUUUUGGCGAAGCCGUUGAAGCCUACAAGCUGUGGAAAGUUGUGAAAUUAAAAAAAAUGAGACUCUAAAGUUUCGUAAAGUAGUUAAAGUUGUUAUUUCUGUUAGACAACAAAUAAAACUACAGUCAUUCACGUUAAAGCCUCUUAAGUAAAACGUUGUUAUCAAGAACUUUUUGAAGUUCUUGCUAACAACGUUUUACCCUGCCUAUACUGACGAAAGGAACAUGUAUUCUUAAAAUGUUCUGAAGACAUUUUUUAGUUUUUGACGAACUUAGCUUCGGGAAACACUCUAAUCCAUAUAUGAAUUGAAACGUAAAUGCCCUUUCAUAGCAUUUAACUUUUGCGAGGUGUGCCACAAUCUUAGGAGGACACCGCUUAGUAGAGCUGACUGGUCAACUCCACGGUCCGUAACAAAGCACUCCCAGAAACUGUUGUUAAUAUAGGAAAUUGAGGCGGAAGGUGAGAUGAGUUUCUCUCGCGACUCCAUAAACUAUUUAGGUAAAUUGGAAUACACUUAAAAUGUUCGAAAUUAAGUCAAUGUAAAAAAAAACAGAGUGGUUACUUCACACAAUAGAACCAUGUACUUAAGUAUCGAGGGAAUUUACUCAUGUCAGAAAGGAAUAUAUCUGAAAUCAAUACUCUCUCUAAUACUGUUUCACGCACAGU